AUGCUUACAUACCCAGCUAGGCAGGUAUUGUACGGAGUACGUGCUUGCGAAGAGUAUGUACGCGUGCAAUGCAGGAACAGAUGGUGGGGUACUGGUCUUGAAUGCCCAUCACAGACAUGUUGGAAGAAAAAAGGACGUCAACGAGAGCGAGCCGACACAAGGCGCCUGGCUUCUCAUGUCUCAACUGAACCGAGCUGGUUGACGACCGUUAGUUUCCGUCUGGUCCUGACAAAGCAUGCAAGUUUGAAUGACAGAGACACGACUGCCCAUGUCUCUCAAGCCUUUCUGCCGUUAGGAAACGUGGAGUACGAGUUGCAGACAAGACCAGACCACACAUGGACCAGACCUGACCAGAUGCUCCAGACAAACUGGGAGCCACGAGCCCAAAGAACAGGGGUGGUCUCCUUUCCCUUGGGAAAACCAAACUCUCUCUUGACGGUUGUGUCGAUCCCCUGUCUCACAACCCUCCCCGCCCUCCCAGGUUUGAAGACAUGCACAGCCGUUCCUCGCCAAAGCAUGUAUUGCACGACCCGCAAGCGGACAAGGCCGUUGGUCAUGUGUUUAGCCAUCCUUCGACCAGGGGGGCCGUUUAGCCUUGUCAACUCCAAGGUAUCAACCGUCCCUCUCCGCAGGCGGAAGACAUCCGCGUAUGCACGUCGCGCAUUUGCAUCUGAGCCGCAAGAUGAACCCGACAAACUGGGAAACGGGUCAUUGCUCUGUCAGAACAAUCCCCAGGACAUGUCCUACCGACGGGGGCAGCUUCAGCUUCAGAAAAAGGCUGUAUAG